AUGUAUAGUAGUAUAAUAGUUAUUUAUUAUACAACAUCAAGCUGAAAUCUAGUAUUUUACCCGUGUACAAAUACACAAUUUUUAUUAGUAACCAAAGUAGCGUCACAAAAAUUAUUGCCAGCUAAAUCGCUGAAAAUUUACGAAACUACGUAUUCAAUAUCCGGGAAAAAAGUAAUUUCAUAAAAAGUGACAUUUUGUUACCUGUCAACAGAGAUAAAAUGUCAAACUUUUUCCCGUCACAGAAAAAAUACCUUUGCACUGCUGGUGACUUGCCACUUUUUUGCAGACCUGACGCUCUGUCACUAUAAUCGUGUGUACUAACCAGAAGUAUUCGGUGCUACUUCCUGGAGACAGUGGAUGAACAGAAUGCUUGUUCUUCAAAGCGAUAUCAAAUGCUCCUUUGAUUAUCUCCUUUGGUAAUCGGUUUUCUCGAGGAUUCAGUGGUUUCAGAUUGAGUACGACUUUGGAUGGGCGCGGGGAUACCAGUGCCGUCCAGUGAACUAAGUUGGACAGGGUUGUCGUCCACCAGAAUGUCCAGAUUUAGCUCCCCUGACAUCAUCACAAUUAUGGUAAUCAAAGAGAUGAAUGGGUUGGCAAAUGUUGAGGAGUCUGGGAAGAUCACGCAGAAGCUGAGAGUGAAGCCUAUCAGAAGGCCGGAGUAGGCUAGGAGCAGUUUUCCAAACUCACUUUGCACCCUAGAAGUUAUCCAAUAAAAAUUAAUUCGGCGGUAAACGAUAAAGUAGUACCAUUACAAUAUUUUAUUCUCUAGAUCCUCUUGACGAGAAGUUAUGGAUCAUAGCUUGACUGAGAAAUAUUACCUAGUGUACAUGGCAACGUAAGAUCCAAAAACUGGAAGUUGACCAAUCAUUAGCAUCAAAUUCGUCCAGCCCAGAAGAACAGCAAAAGCACCAAUAUGAUUCUGCCAUGUAUAUGUUCUACCUGCAAAAAACGCACAUUUACAUACCGUGCAUAAAUAAAAUGUGGAUAGAGCAUGACAAAACCACAAG